UAUUUCACAAACAAACGAUGCGUUGUUCGGUGUGCAAUUACUAUUCGUGGAGUUACUUCAUCGCGUUUGGAGAAAUCUUCAUCUCGUUUCACAUUGCCCGUGCCUUUCUGCACUGUGCACGUUCGACGAGCGUUUUAGCGAAGGAUUUAGCCUGCAGCGAUGUUGAGCCCAUCUUCGUAUUGCUCGUGCUGUACAACUUGCUAUCGUUGCUGCUUAUCAUCGGUGUGACGAAGCGCAAUGAAAAGCUCCUUCAGAUAUAUCAAACAUGCACAAUCACCCUGAAAGCAUCGGCCAUCGUGCGUCGGAUAGUACUCAGUGCGACAGAGUACAACGAGAGCAACGUAGGCAAAACCAUUAUUGAGCUUAAAAUCAUCAUCGUGUUCACGCUCAUCUUCACCCUGGAAGCGCUCGUAGUUGCAGGUGCCUGCCGGAAAAUGCGACGUGAGCAGCAGGAACAACUUUACUACAUUGACGUAGUUUAG